AUGGAGAAUAUUGAUGUUGACGAGCUGUUUGGCGAGGAAAGCAUCAACGCUGCCAUCGCUGCCACCUUUGAUACCGAUGCCCUGUUUCAACGCAUCGAGCGCUCUCACAUCGUAGGCUGUUGCCAGAGGCUAGCAUGGUCUAGGACCAGCUGUAUUGCUCAAAUAUCUGCAGAUUCUCGCAAGGUCGUCGUGCGCGCUCUCUGUCGCGACAAGAACACUGCCAACUGGUCUUUGUCCGACGAAACAGAGGUCAAUGCCUCAGAAGGUGCCAUCUUCACCCAUGUCGAAUGGAGCAGCUCCGGUUUUGAUCUGGUCAUCGCCGAUCAAUUUGGUCGUUUUACUCUAUUCAGUUUGACCCAUGCCUUGAAUAGUCUUGAGCGUCGUCCUGUAAAUUUGACAAGUUCUGUCGAUGAUCUGAACCAAGUUGUUGGCCUUCACUGGCUCCCUACCAAUCCCGCAGGCCAGACGCGUACUGCUCUGAUACUUCCAGCUGCCAAAGAAGGCAAUCGAUGGGUCAACACUAUGAAGCUUCAUGAGGUCCAUGGUGUCUCAAAUCCAAUCGACAAUAAGGCAGCCUUUCUGUGUGUCACCCGCAGAGGUCUUCUGAAACUUAUCUACGAACAGCCUGGACAACCAUGGUCACAAUAUGUCUUCACUCUAGACAAUCUCGCUGAUUCUGGAGACGUGCUCACUCAUGCUGCCUUCUGUCAAGCCAACCAACAUCUUGUAAUGGUCACAUAUGACACCUCUAAACGGUUGCGCCUGUACAAGAUCAUGAUCAACUGGAAUGCUAAUGCUGGUGAUGGAACCAACCACAAAACAACCCUAAAUCCGCAGAUAGCAGUCUUGCACGUCGAGCUGCUUGACCGAUGUGUUCCUCAAUCCUCAGAACGUGCAGCAAGUGCUCAGCUGUCAUCGUUACAUGUCGAGCCAAUCUCGCAAGCAAUCGAUAACAGCACAUUCACCGUUGUGGCUGUCUUCACCAGCGCUGCACAGGAUCAUAGCGGCAAGUUCAGUAUCAUAUCUCGAUGGGACCUCCAACAAGUCGAUGCCACGUUACAUGACAGUUUCAAGAGUUUGAGACCGACAACCGCCCAACCUGCCACCAACAAGCCUGUGCAAAGACUGUAUCGAACGGAAGAUAUUUUCUCACAAAAGGCCAUAUUGGCACUGCAAAGCAACGUUUAUCACAACAUGUUUGCUUUUGCAGCGAGUGACGGUACAGUAGAAUUUCGUUCUCGAGAGACGAUGCAGAUCAUCAUAUCAGACGGAGAUACCAACAAAGCCACAAGUCUGCCACAGAACGGAUUCUCUUUUCCAAACGAAGAUUGCAUUGACAUUUUCCUUUCGCCUAGUUUGGCAGCCUCAGUCAUAACUAAACCAGACGGUACUCUCAAGUUACACAAUGCUGAGUACCAGCACAACUGGAAAGAUGCCAAAGAUGAUAACGAUCUUGCGCAAGCUGCUGUCGUGUCUUUGGCUCGCGAACUCGCCAGCGUGACAUGCUACCAAAUCGGCUUUGACGAUCUACUGUCUGUGAUACCCACAGAUCUAGACAGAAGUCUUCGAUGCAAGUUCAUCAGCGAGAUAUUCCGUACAAUCAGCCGCAACGUCGACUUCUCGCUCGAUGAUCCCAAAUUACAGUCCGGCAAGGUCCUGAAAGACAGUCUUUUGUUCAGGAUCGCCAGCGCACAGCUGUUAGUCAGCUACAACACCAACCCCAAACGACGAGAUAUACCUGCAAAAUCAGCAUGGGUGUUGCUCAAUCUUCGCUCAGUAUGCACCAACAUUGCGCAGACCUUGACCAUGACUCAGCAGAUCAGAGGAAUGCACAACAUGGAGUCUAGCUUGUUCGUAUCGCUCAAAGGUCUGGUGAGAUGGUCGUUGGAUCUGAUGACACUCAUCUUCGACGACAUGAUUGAGACUAUGCGAUUCUGCAAGGGCGACUUUGACAGAGGAAGGAUAUUGGCUUAUAUUCACGAAAAGAAUUCCGUAAGUCUGCACAUUUUACUGUGCAGUACAACGCGCGCAUUGCUGGGUAUGCUAGGCAACUUGAUUCGCAACUUUGCCAUGCGCGUUGUCAAGACUCAAGAGAAGGUGCGCCUCAGCAGUAGAACCAACGACAUCCGGGACAGCGUCGAAUUGCAACAGAUGGAAGCAAUGAUGGGCUCAGAGCUACCAUUCGAGAUCAAGCUGUUUGAGCAGCUCGUCGCAGAGGUCGACGGCAAUGUUCGUGCAACAUAUCAAGCCGCACAGUCAUCACCACCACACCGGAGCUUCUACGAGCAGAGCAUGCUUGUCGAUGCCGACAUACCUGAAGCGCUGAGUCCAGUGCUGCAAAGACUAUUCGGCGAGAUAGUGCCACGUCUCGAAAGUCAGAUCGACGGAGUCGCUAUCUAUCUCAGAGACACAGCAUGGUUGGAUCUGGGCGAGGACGAAGAAGCAAUCAAACGAGCUGAAAGACAACAAUACGACGUGCUGCGCAAGUGCGCUAUCCCGCCGAACGCCAAAGUCAGACAGUGCAGGAGAUGUGGCAGUGUCAUCGAAAAUUUGACAGAUGGGCAUAUGGCGGCUUGGGUGCAAAACGCACACAAGAUGUGUAUCUGUCUCUCACACUGGACUGUGGUUUGA